GAAACAAAAAUAUCAGCCCUUGAGAAAGAGCUUCGGUUGAAAGAAGAUGAACUGGCAAGAUUGCGUGAUGACCGAGGAAGUAGUGGAAGCGAGGCCUCAUUUGGAACUGACAGUUUACGGCGGAGAGAGAAAAAGCUUCGUCAGCAGGUUGAAGAUAUGCAGACGGAGCUGACCCUGAAGGAGGCCGAGUUACAGUCUAUAAAAACCAAGAUGGUCACCUCGGAGCGCCAGCAGUCGGAUCAUCUGCAUCACAUCUCAGUGUUGAAGGAACAAACUAGUGCCAAAGAACAGCAAGUCAAUCUAUUACAAUCAGAUAUUGAAGAACUCAGGGGCCGGCUAAAAGAGAAGGAGAAGACAAUAGAUGAGCGUGCCAAGCAGAUGCAGACGGUACAGCAGGAACACAGGAAGAUGGAGGCUGAAGUAAUGGAACUGAGGGAUCACAUCGAUAUCAAGGAUAGGAAAAUUAAUGUCUUACAAAGAAAGAUUGAAAACUUAGAAGAGACCCUUACUGACAAGGACAAUCAACUGACCAGUCUCAAGUCCAAAGUGACCAGUCUUCAGGCUGACCACAGUGCAUCGGAUAGCACGGUGACCACUCUGGAGGAGACAGUGAUGGAGAGAGACAGGCAGAUAGAGAGGUUAAAGGAGCAACGAGAGCGUGAUCACAAAGAACAUCAGGAGGAGUUGGAGCUUUUACAAUCCAGCAGUAAAGAUCUCAAGUCCAAACAUGACAGUUUGCAGAAACAGCUGGCAGAUAAUCAGACGGAGUUGCUUGAGAUACGAGAGGAAGUCUCGGUGCUGAAAUCGGAGAAAUUCCAGAGAGAAUCCAAGAUAAAACAACAAGAGGAAGAGCUCUCACAAGCCACAGCACAACUCGCUGAGCUCAGAGAGAAACUAGAGGAGAUGAAGAAUCUGCAGAGUGCAGACAGCAAAAAGAUGUCAGAGGAGUCAGAGCAGAAGAUAUCAGAGUUGGAGAAGAAAGUGGCUGAGUACAAGCAGCAGGCAGAGCAGUUACAGAAAGAAUUGGAUCGUCUGCUAGAUAUCAUGCAAGCCACAGAGCAUGAAAAACAUGACAAGGACUCCUCCAUUAAAGUCAUGCAAGAUCAAAUCAAGGACUACAAACAGAAGAUGGGGUCACUAAAACGCAGUAAGGAGUUAGAGAAAAAAAAGCAGGCACAUCUUCUGGAGGAGGCACGUAAGCGGGAGGAAGGUGUCUCAACUGAUGCCUCACAGUUGAAGAGCACUAUCAAACAAAAAGAAGAGCGUAUUGAGGAACUGGAAGAAGCUCUACGAGAGAGUGUUAAGAUUACUGCUGAAAGAGAAAUGGUUCUGGCCCAACAGCAAGCCAACCUGGAGGAUGCCGAUCGACAGAUCUCUGAACUGACCACAGAAAUAAAUGAACUCCAAGAGAAGACAGAGCAGCAGAACAGUGAAAUGGCCAUGCAGGCCAAGAUGGCUGAAAAACGUGAGGAGAUGUUGAAGGAGUUACAGGAAGAGCGGAAGAAGCACAUGGAGGAAGUUCUAGAAAUGAAGCAGGAGGCCAUAGUAGCAGCCAUCAGUGAGAAGGACUCUCAUAUUGCCCUUCUAGAGAUGUCCGGAGGUGGGAAGAAGGGGGGCAGGGACCAGGUGGACAUACUGACCAAAGAGAAGGCCAAACUGCAGCACAAGCUCAAAGAUUUGACACAGAGUCGUAUGAAACUACAAGAUGACCACAACGGCGGUGGGGUGACCGCAGCAUCAGAGAUGAUCUCCUCGGCUCACAUGGGGAUAAAACCCUCCCCACUGUCCACUACUCCAGACCAGGAUGAAGAUGAUGGCAUAUGGGCAUAGCAUGCAUGGCCCACACAGCUGUUCAUUCUCCCUGUGUUACUGCAUGGGCUGGCCUAAGAAGUAAACCAAGCAGUCUCAUGCCCUUGACCUGCAGUGACCUUGUAAGCAGUGACCUUGACAUACAGUGGCCUUGACAUUCAGCAACAGUGGGAAGUGUCUUUGCAGUAUCUUUUACUGAUUGAACAGCGCCAACUGUUUCACAAUUUCCUGAAUUUGACAAUUUCAGGAAAUAUAAAAGAACUUCCAUCACUUAUAAAGUAGGUUCUUUCAAAGCCAGUGUUUGCAGUAUGUUGCCCAAAGGAAUGGCAAAGGGCAGAGCAUCUUCUUUCCAGAGAAAAAAGAUGACUGCAGCCAAAAAUUGUAACUUCAUAUCUAGUAAAAGAAAAUCACUGAGCUUCAACAAAUGGUCAUCAGGGACAGUAUCCUCGAAAGUUCAAAUUUAUAUGGCAGAGAGGGCGAGAAUUGAUUCACAGAGGACCCAAAUGAAAAUGCUAUAUGAAAAGAAUUGAUUCACAGAGGACCCAAAUGAAAAUGCUAUAUGAACAGAAUAGCUAGCUUUUGCAUUGACACCUAAGAAGGAACUUGAGGCCACUUCUGUUGGGUUUCUUACAGUGAAAAAGUGAUGUUCCAGAGAUGAAACAUGCCCUCAUGUAUGGUACUGUGAUACUAUUUCACCUUUGCCGAUGUAGAUUUCUGUUUGCUAGUGCUCUAGAUAAAACAUCUGUUCUUUAAUGAUAGAUAUAAUUCUUAAUAAAAACAGGUUGCUUUUGAUGCACAAUUUGCCUCAGAUGUUUGAAAUUCAAAAUAUGCAGCAUUUUGUAAAGUGCUUCAGUUGUUGUCUGCAUGGUUUGAUUUCAUGCCUUAAGCAGUAGAGUAUGAAAGAUGAUAUGAUGGGGUCCAAAUAACAUUGACAUUUGUCUUCUCGGCCUAAAAUUUUGUUUCUUUUUAACUUUUGACAAUUUUUCUUGCCUCCUUACAAGGAAAUGCUUGUAUGUCAAAAUAUCCAAGCGAAUAUAGUAUUGCCGCCAUACUGGUAUGUUUACACAUCUAUUUGGUAUUAAAGUGGUGCCUUUUCACCAGUUAUUAGAAAAUUAUUAUUAGUAUUAUUAUUAUUAUUUGGUUUAGAUACAUGUCACGUUUUAGAAUUUUUUUUAAGUCAACAUUAUUAACGAAAAUCGGGUUUUACCAUGACAUGCUAAAUUACAUUUUAGGGGUGUAACUUGUUUUUCUCUUCUUACCUGGGGAAGUGCAACAAUGUUUUACCAAUUAUUAAAUAGAAAAUUUUAUAUAAGUGAAAUGUUAAAUGUCAAAAGGGGUGCACAUCAUCAUUUUUAGAAGUCCUAUACACAUUUAUUAAGAAAGUUCAGAGGUAGUCAAGUAUAUUAUUGUAAACAGUGGAUUUCAGUAAGGUAUUUACGGCAGUAGAUUGAUGAAGAUCUAAAACGUUUUUGUUGUCCUCUACAUUUAUGCCAUUUAUUUUUGGAAAGGGCAUGUGACAGCCUAGAGUAAAUGAAUUCCUUAUACUUUUAGCUCUUGAUUGUCACUUUGGUACAUUGCUUACAACUAGUAUCACUUUUCAUGCCAUUUAAUGAUUUGCAAUGCCAAUACCUAAACAGUGUGAUUGUCUUUCCAAAGAAACGUCUCCCCCGUUCUACAAUGCUGUGUAAUGGUAUGCUUAUUGUGUUGGUUCUAACAAAUCAGGUUACCAGGCGUCUCUGUAGUUUGUAACAAAAUUGAACGAAUGUCUUUAAGCAAUUUUGUAACUAUCUACAGAGACACCUAUCGGAGGAAAGAUGAGUUUGCCUCUUCAGACGAAUAAUCAUUAGUGUUUGAUUGUUUUUUACCUUUUUGUAAUAGGUGAAAAAAAUUAACACCUUAUCAGUUAUAGACAGUAGUUAAAAAGGUAAAUUGGAGUACAAGUGCCACUGCCACGUUUAAUGACAAACGCAGGAGACAUGUUUCCUCUGUAUAUUGGGGAGAUUUGCAAAAGCAGUAUUGGGUACGGGGCAGUUUUCAAUUUGUGCAUGAGCAAAGUGUUUCUUAUUUUAAAAAGAAUAAAAUUGUAAUGUUAAGACUUGUCUAUGGGAUAUUCGUAAAGAUGUCUUAAAUAUUUUCCAAGCUGCAUAGAACCAAGAGUAAAUAAACGUGCACAUGUGCAUGUCGGGAUUGUGUAAACUUUGCAUUUGAGGUGAAUUGUUUGUAAUAAGAAUUUUGAGUCAAGAUAAGAGAAAAAAUGUCUCGUGUUUGUGUGGCUAUUAUCAGUAUUGGUAUAGACUUGAAUUUAUGUAAUUGAUAGAAUCUCAUGAAUUUGUAAAUACACUUGGGUAUGCUACAAUAUAUGUAUUUUUGCGUACAAGUUAAAUUAUACACGAUGUCCUCUGCCUUUUCAUAUGCACAGGGUAUGCUUGAAAGUUACUUUUGUUUGCGAUUUUAAUAAUGAUAAUAAUAUUGCAUUGUGUAUAAUAGUCACAUCAUUGCAAAUAUUAUAGUACAAAUAUUAUAAUAUGUCCUUUUUAUUUAUUUAUUUAAUUAUUUAUUUAUUUAUUUUUUUUUUUUUAGGGGGGGCUUAUUUGAUCCAAACGUUAUUUCACGCCAUGCUGAUAAAGUGUUACGUUAAAGGAAAGAGGAUAUUUUAUACACGCUGAUGUUUGUGACACAAACACGUUUACACCUUUCAUGUUCCCAAAAAGGUGGGAGUAAAAUUGAUCACGUCUUAAACAUACUGACUUGCUCGUCAAAUAUUUACCUGUGGUUUGCCCUGCUGUUGAGAGCGUUGGGUCUGUAUUUUGUCUUGCGUUAACGUGUACCAAAUCUUAACGAAUUCAUUAUAACCCUAUCUUAUUGGAAUCGAGAUGAAAAUUGGUGUCUUUUAUGUUAGAAAUGUAUGACGUGGAUAUCACGGCGUCGCAUAGCCUUAGCAGUAAAAUCACGAAAACACUGUAUCCGCAAAAUGUUCUGUUAAUUUUAUGGUGCUAAUAAAAAUU